GAAAAUUGCAAUCAGUUUGCUUGUAGCUUUGUUUAAGUUAAGUUCUAGUGUUUGGUCAAUAUUUGCACACAAUUUAACAAGUUGAUAAAAAAAUAAAGUUUGUUUUUGUUUUUAAAUAAAUAAAAAAACUUAUCAAUUGCUGUCAAAAUAUAAUUAAGUUAAAAUGCCAUCAUUUGAAUAUCGCCUAAAUUUGGAGCCAGAGUUACCGGAUGACAUUAAAAAGGUUGCCAUUGAACAGGGCGAGUGUGAAGAGACCCGAGCACAAACAAUUGAAGAAUUCCGUAACUAUAUACUCGAGCACAAUGGAUGUCAACCACAUCGCACAGAGGAUGAGUAUCUGCUGAGAUUUUUGAGGGCCCGCUAUUGGAAUAUUCCGCAUAGUUAUAAAUUGCUUUGCAAUUAUUACAAAUUUCGCGAUCAAAACAAAUCGUAUUUUGAGAAAGUGCGCCCCAUGGACCUAACCUAUAUUGCGGCCAAGGAUAUUGUUCAUGUCACACCGUACAGAGAUCAAUGUGGACGUCGGAUAAUGAUUUAUCGUUUUGGUCUUUGGAAGCCGAGUGAAGUAUCCACCGAUGAUAUAUUUCGUGCCUCAGUUUGCCUCCUGGAAAUGGGUGGCAUGGAACCCAUUACCCAGGUUGUGGGUGGUAUUGGCAUUUUUGAUUUACAGGGAUUCUCAUUGAGUCAUAUUUUGCACUUGAGUCCAAGUGUGGCCUCCAAAAUGAUUGCCUUGAUGGUGACAUCUAUGCCAACCCGUGUUGCCUCCAUACACAUUGUGAAUCAGAAUUUUGUUUUCAAUGCUGCCCUGAAAAUAUUUCAGCCAUUUAUGGAUGCCAAAAUGCGUGAACAUUUAUUUAUUCAUGGAUCGGAUAUGGCAUCAUUGCAUAAACACAUUAAUCCAGAUUGCUUGCCAAAGAGAUAUGGUGGAACCCUUGAUGACUUCUCCUCUACGGCAUGGCUUGAGGCCAUCAAAGAAGACAAACAAGUCCAACAGGAAUUGGGGAAACAGGGUUAUGUGAUGUAAAAAAACAGAGAACUUAAACACAACAUAAAUUAGCUGAUAAGAAAAAAAAACAACAACAAAAACAAAUAAAAUAUAUGUUUUUUAUUAAAUCUGAAAA